UAGCAGCUUAGUAGAUGUGGGGGAUCGAAAUUUCCCAUGUGUCUAAAAAAUUGACAGUUGCAUGUUAAGCCUGGUUAAUUUUAUUGGACUAUACAAUUAUAAUAUUUUCUGUAUUUUAUUGUUGCUCGUUAAGAGCCCAGUACUUAUUGAAGAUGAACAAUAUGUUGGUAACAGGUGGCAAUGUCAAGAAAAUCUGUCCUUAUAUGGAGAAAUGUUAUCGAAAGAAUCCCAUUCACUUUAGUGAAAUGUCUCAUCCACAUUUGGAAAAAUUGGUAAAGGAUCAAUUGGAUGGUACGAUCACGAUUCCUGAUAAUCUGGAUUUUGAGUGCGUCGACAGGUCACAGUUGCAGGAUCAAUUAAGUGUCUUACAGAUGGUCCUUAGACGACAGAGAGACAAAGCAGGAAAUGGUUUUAUAGCUAUUUUGUCUCAAAGUCAGAAAUGUAGUAUUAAACCUCCACAGUCGUAUGAAGAAAAACCGAAGAAACAGAUAUUAGAGAACCCACAGAGAAAACCAGAACAAAUUAAGCAGGAGAAACCAAAGGAACAAAUUUCUUCAAGUUUAUUAGAAAAAGUGGAAAGAAAUAAACAAGCAGCAUUGGCUAGGAGAGAAGCACGAUUGAGAGAAUUGGAUGCAAAAGCUGAAAUAUUGUCUUCUUUGCCUUCUACUAGUAGUAACUGUGGUGAUUCAUUGAGUACAGGCAUGUACAAAUUAAAGGAAGAGUUAGAAAAGAUUAAGAAAUUAGAAGACGAUGAAACUAAAUCAAAUUCUCACGGUUCCAAAAGAGUUAGUGAAAAUUCAUUAAAUUACUCAUCACCAUUGAAACGAUCGAAAUUAAGUGAUAAAGAACAUGUUAAUGCUACGUCUAAUAUCUCAAGUGAAAGAACUCGGGAUAACAAAGCUGAUAAUAAAAACCCACAUUCUCAGGGGUCAUCCAUUAUUGAAGACUACACAAUUUGUGAUUCCAGUAAUUCUAGAGAUAGUGUUAGGAAAAAAGCUAUUGCACAAAUGAAAAGACAGGGAUAUGAAGUUUCUGUCGUCGAACCUGGAGAAUUUGGACUGAAAUAUGCACUUUCUGCACCAUACCACAUGUUUUUAACAAGAGUCGUGAGAUCAAAACCCACUUAUGAACAGAAAUUCUCUGUAACUUUUCCAGAAAUUCUUGACAAAAGUUUAGGUGAAAUAGUUAGCAGCUUACAAAUUAAUUUUAUGGUAGAUGUUGGAUGGCUUUGUUUGCAAUAUUUGUUGGCAGGCCAGAAAGUUGACAUGUUAAUUGUAUGUGGGGAAAGAGUAGAUCAAGAAACUCUCCCAUCGAAAAUUAAAUUAAUAACAGUGAAGCCACCAACGGCGUUUGGUUGCCAUCAUUCUAAAAUUAUGAUUUUGAAGUAUAAAGACAAUGGGAUUAGAGUCGUAGUUUCAACUGCCAAUCUUUAUUCAGAUGAUUGGGAGAAUCGAACUCAAGGAGUUUGGAUAUCGCCUCAUCUUCCUGAAAUGAAGCAGUCAUCCGAUACUGCUAGUGGUGAAUCUCCAACAGGUUUUAAGAAAGAUCUGGAAGAGUAUCUGCUUAAAUAUAAGGAGCCAGCUCUAACAGAUUGGAUAUGUGCCAUUCGAAGAGCAAAUUUUUCAUCUGUGAAUGUUUUCUUCAUUGCUUCGGUACCAGGAAGUCAUAAAGACAAGGAACGUAAUAGCUGGGGGCACAAGAAAUUAUCUUCGAUACUCUCUCAGCAUGCUACAUUGCCUCCAGAUGGUCCAAAUUGGCCAAUCAUUGCACAAAGUUCGAGUAUCGGUAGCCUAGGACCAAAGUUUUCAAGUUGGCUGCAACAAGAAAUUGUCCCAGCAAUGUCUCAAGAGAAGAAUUUACAACUUAAAAGUCCUCCUAAAUUUCAUUUUGUUUAUCCAACGAUAAAUAACUAUAAGCAAAGCUUUGAUAUGAGAAAUGGUUCUUGUUGUCUACCUUAUAGUAUAAAGACACAUCAAAAACAACUUUGGUUAAAAUCGUAUCUCUAUCAGUGGAAAGGAAACAAAACAUCGAGAGAUAAAGCAAUGCCCCAUAUAAAAUCUUAUACAAGAGUUUCACCAGAUUUUAAGAAGAUUCCAUGGUUUGUCCUAACCAGUGCUAAUUUAAGCAAAGCUGCAUGGGGAACACAAAGGGCUAGUCAUUUUAUUAUGAAUUACGAAGCUGGUGUUAUUUUCCUUCCAAAAUUUGUGACUGGUGAAACUACGUUUCCAAUAGCAGAAGAAUCGUCAGAUGGAGCACCGGUCUUCCACUUCCCAUACGAUUUGCCACUGGUUCGUUAUGAAGAUGCGGAUGAACCUUUUGUCACUGAAUUCUUCUCUAUGGCCUAGAACAAGUUUUGAAGGGCUGCUUGACAUCAAAAUCGUGGUACCUUAAUCUUUACACCACGGCAGAGCAACGGCACUUAUUACGUCACAGAUGUUGUCACUGCUUGCCGUUAGGUCGCAGCACGGUCGACCCGGGCUUUUUUGAAUCGUGCCAUUCCACCGAAAGAAGAAAGUAUUUUACAUACAGGAAGGAUUAUAUUUUGUUCCACUUAAUAGGUUUCAUGGCUUAUUUACUAGUUCUGUUUAACUUGAGACACAGCAAGAUCUAUGUUGUGUAAGUUGCAAUGAAAUUGAUUUUGUAAAAGAAGAAAUAUGUAUUCUUAUCUUUACUACGAAAAUGACCGUUGUAAAUGUUUAUAACAUUUUUCGUGUACUCAAACCAGCACUGUCUUUGUAUAAUACACGAUAAUUAUUUAUGAAAAGUAACCUCUGCCUUAAUGUAGUAAGUGUAAGAGUAUAUCCGUUCUUUCUAGAACGUCCAUCAUACAAUCUAGUAUCUGUAUUGAUUUUGGUACAUACUAAAUGGUUAAUACAAUAUGAAAUGUAAUUAAGGACUAAAUACUUAAUUAAAAUUGAAAGUAAUAACAAAUGAAUAACCGUUUGUCGACAAGUAUAUUCAAGAUUGAAACUACGAUUUAGGAAUUAAAUUGA